AUGGUAGUUGCAGGAGAGGCAGCAACAGAAAAUAUUUAGGGUGAGAAAUUUAUAUUGAUUUAUCGAAUUUUGGCUCAAAUCUUUUUGAUUGCUUUCUUUCAUGUACUAAUGAUAAAAUUAUUAAAAAUAAAAAAUAGAUUAAUAAAUUUAAUAACAUUAUUAAAAUGUAUAUGUGUUAUCAUAUGUUGGGAAGAAUUGGAUAUUAAUAUAUAAAACACUUUGCACUAAUCAUUGCUUGAAUAAUUUGUAAUUGUGCUUUGUUUUGUAUUUGCGAUUGAAUCUUAAAUUUGCUAAACACUUGCACUUUUAUUUAAUCUCAUAUAUAGUCUUACUAGACAUUUUAAAUUUGAUUCAAAGAGUAACAUAUCAUUUGCAGUUAGAUUAACUAUUAUGCACGUAUUGUUAUAAAUAUAUGUAAUAAUCUCAAGUCAGAAGAACAAUAAGAGUUACUCUAAUGCUUAAUUAAUAGCUAUGAGUGCUAAUAACAACAUAAAUUAUUCCCAACUAUAAUCAAAUCGAGUCCUAAGUCCGAAAUAAGCUCAUACCCAAUUUUGUAUUGAGAUUUCAGAGAAGAAGAAUCAGUCCGCCAUUCCGAUGGAUUAAAAAAUAGAUGAUAACUUAACAGAAUCCAUUUAAUAGGAUCAUUUAUAUGAGGUUUUGCUAACUAGUUUUGAUUAAGGAAUAUAUAUAAUUGAUAAUUCAUUCUAAUAAGCCUAAAUCAUCAAUCCUAUUUUAAGCAAUCUGAUUUUGAAGAAUGAGAAAUUGAAUUUAAAGUUGUUUGAAGCUAAGAUAGUUGAUAGUGGUAUUAGUGCAGAUGAAAUCUAUAUGAUCAUUCCUAAACUUCAUCAAAGCAAUGAUAUUGAAUCAUUCUUGAAAUUUAGCUAAACCUUAGAUUCCAUUUUAUCAAUUUGA